UGGUCACGGACCCAGACCCCGCCAGACCCACCGCUGUUUUGGCGGCCUCUUUGUGUUCUUCCCCAGCCCUUUUGGCUCCUUGUUUUCUUUGGACAAUAAACGCCCUGGUGAAUCCGCAUCUUUGAGUCCUCCCUUUUUCAGCGCCAAGGCGCUUCUUAACACUCUGUAGGUUGGGAACAAAUGAACUAAAGUACUUGACUGGAAAUGUAGUUCAGGUAGUUCAAACUUUACUUGUAAUGAAGUAUUUUUACAUUACGUGAAGGAUCUGAGUACUUCUUCCACCGCAAAAUCAUUGUUAUCUUAAAUGUUUAAUUAAACCAAAAUCAUCAAAUGAUUUGGAUGUUGCUGCUUGUCCGUGAAGUAGUGAGAGGGAACAGCUUGACCACUGAGGAGGAUAGGAACCGUCGUCACUUUCUUCUGAACACGCAGCGACGGGAAUGUGUUGUGCUCUCUCUCACACAGGAGAUAAAGUGUUUGUAAUGCGCCGAGUUGUGGAAACAACCUCCUGUAAUCCUUCAUCAUGUGACUCAUAGUAAUAAUCACUUCAUAAUGAAGGAGCACGAGAGACAAAGGCAGAGAAGGAGAGCUGGCCAACCAGUCAGACCACAAACUUUCACCGACACACACCUCAGCAUCCUCCGGAGCCCGACAGAGGCGAUCCUGCUGAGCGGGAGCAGAGGGAGAGAGAGAGAGCGAGAAGAGAAGAAGAGUUAAGUGCUUUUGGAGGGAGAAGAGCGUGAAGUCGUAUGAUGUCCUUAGUGGGCGCGCAGCCUUUCAUCAAACCAAUGCAGUCAUCGCCCUCAGUUUCGCCUGGCAUCCAGAGGAGACACACGCUCCCCGCGAGCGAAGUGCGGCCGCUCAACACGCAGGAUGCCAUUAGCGUGUUUGAAAUCGAGAGAGAAGCAUUUAUCUCAGUGUCAGGUGAUUGUCCCCUCCACCUGGAUGAGGUGCGUCACUUCCUCACACUGUGUCCGGAGCUGUCCAUGGGCUGGUUUGAGGAGGGUCGGCUGGUGGCUUUCAUCAUUGGCUCCCUCUGGGACCAGGACAGACUCACUACAGAGGCGCUGACUCUCCACAAGCCCUGCGGCUCCACCGUCCACAUCCACGUCCUCGCCGUCCACCGCACCUUCAGGCAGCAGGGCAAAGGUCCCAUCCUGAUGUGGCGCUACCUGCAGUACCUCCGCUGCCUGCCCAACGUGCGCCGGGCGGUGCUGAUGUGCGAGGACUUCCUCAUCCCCUUCUACCGCAAGUCGGGCUUCAAGGUGCUGGGCCGCUGCGCCAUCACCGUGGCCAACCUCACCUUCACGGAGAUGUGGUACCCCAUCAGUGGCCACGCGUACAUGCGCCGCAACAGCGAGGCGAUCCGCUUCCCCCAGCACCCCCUGACCCUGCCACUGACAAAGACUGAUGAGCAAGUUGAUGUAUGACCUGCUGGCAGCUGCACAGGUGGUCUCUCAUUUCAAACCAGUGUUGUUACCAGUGUUGUUCUCUGUAGGAUGUGUCAGGGGUUUUCACUUCUCAGUGGCUGUUUACUUUGAUUUGUUGGACUUUUGUUCUCUUCUCUCAUACUGAAGCUCAUCAGUCUGUCUUGUCUGAAACUCUCUCACUAUGUACAAUAAAACCAAGAAUGUACUAUACUGUAAUGUGAUGUAUUAUAUGUACUCAACUCCACUUUAUUAGACUCUAUCUGUGUGUUAUCCCUCACCUGUGGGAGGACUAGAGUGUAGUGUGUUGAAUUAUAACUCUGUAACUGGAGUUACAUUGAUGACGUGUUGCAUUUGUUGUAGACAUCUGUGGAUUUGUGGCUGUGUACAGUAAGCCGUCUCCUGCUUAUAGCACCUUUCUGGGCUCUUCACAGCUAUGGAACUGACGUCAGCGAGCAGGCUUUAGCCGCUCAACCGCAGCUCCUCCAGCUCUAUUAGGGGGCUUUAGCUGUUGUAAACGUCGGAGGAUUUAGAAGAGGAUCCAGUCAUCAGUUAGACUGCACAUCCAAUGACCAUACUUAAACUGUGUUAUGCUGCAGGGUUUGUUUUUUCUUUAUAGACAGUAUAGCUGUUUCAGUUUGUGAAGCCAGACUUUAUAUUGUGAUUUUUUUUCUAAGUUUGUGUCUGUUACAGCAUCAUUGCAAUUUCAAUAAACUGUUUUAUACUGUUUUUUAA